GACAACGUAACCGAACACACACUCUCCCGAAGCAAAGCGAAGCGAAGCGAAAACCGAAGCACGACGCACGACACGAAACCUAGCGGCAAACGGCAAACGGCAGUCGGCGGCGUCUCUCGCGGACAAAGACCGGUUACAACAACAAAGGAAGUGGAUCUCGGCAAAGGAAGGGUGUCGGGUGUUGGGUGUCGUGUCGGCAGACAGGAAGCGGAAGAGCAGCGGAAAAGCAGCGGAAGUGCAGCCAUUUGCACUGCCUUCAGCCUCUCACCGCACCGCCCCGCCCCGCCCUGAAGCGGCAAUCAGGAAGCAGUCAAAGGAAAUUACUUUCGGCCAGAAAUUGAAUUGAAUUUCAGCCAUUCCAUGGGUACCCCUCAUGUUUGCUUUGCGGACGAGCUGCCACAGUCGGAGGCACAGUCACAGUCCCAGAAGCCGAGGCGGAAGGAGAAGACCUCCAAUGGGAGCAACGGCAGCAACGGGAGCCUGAACAACAACAACUUCAAUCUCAACCAUUUUGGGGGCAAGAAGUCCAUGUCCGAGCUGGAGGUGUGCUCCUCCCCGGGCAGCAGCCUCAGUGUGUCGCCCGUGCCACGGUUCGAGCGGAACCUGGGCUUCUUUCGGCAGCUGAGCCGACGCUUCGGCCUGAGGUCGCAGGAUGACCUACUUCAGUCGGAGGAUGACGCAGUCGCUGUCUCUGCCGCCGCCGCUGCAGUGGCAGUUGCAGCCGUGCAGCAGCAGCAGCAGGAGGAGGAUGCACACAGUUCAUCGACCGACUCGUGCUCCUCGGGGCGUGGCCUGGCCGCACACCAGUCGCGGCUCGAGCUGAUGUCCAUGUCGUGCGCCUCCAGCGAGACGAGCAGCACCCUGGACAUUGAGGAGCAGCAGGAGCACCUCCAACAGCACCAGCACCAGCAGCAGCAGCAGCACCAGCGCCAGCAGCUCCAGCUGAAGCUGAAGCAGACGCAGACGGGCCGGGCCAGCUUCUCGCGGCUGCAUCGCCGCUCCACAUCCUCGCUGCGCCGGGCCUUCGAGAGCCUCUCGCUGACCUCACGCUCGCUCUCGUGCAGCGGCCCGUCGCCGCCGCCGCCACCCCCGGCGGCCGCCACCCAAACGGCAAUGCCCCUGAAGUCGGCUCUCAAGUCCGCCUCGAAUGUGGAGCUGCACCAGCAGCCUGCGACAGUCGGCUCCAAGUGCGGCAGUGGCGCCUCCUGCCAUGCCUCAGCGGGCAAGGGAAAGGGAAAGGAGAAGGAGAAGCCGCCGCCGCAGAGGAUUCUGCGGCAGCCCGUCUCCUACACAUAUCUGAAGGGCAUGUCCGGCCUGCCCACCCAGCGGGUGCCCCGCAGCUCCGUCUGCUGUCAGUAUGCGAGGCGUUAGAAUGGGAUUCCAGAAGAUUCUAGACCUGGAGAUUAGCCAUCAACCAUUUCCCCAUUUCCCCAUUGCCCCUCCCCCCCCUUCAUCAGAAAUUCAUUUCAAAAUCUGUGAUACAACAAGCCUUUCCCUCCUGCCCCCCAUUCCCCCCUCCACGGCCCAACCACUGCCCCCAUCCAUCAUAUCCGAAAGUCUUCGCCAAACACAAAGAAAACAAAAAGGAUAUUCCUUUCCACAAGAAUUGAAAUGAGAAAGGAGAAAUGUUUUUUUUUUAAAUUUGAAUAACUUUUGCACUUGAAAAAAAAACACAAAAAUUAAAUAUAUACCGAAUUAUACAAUAAAACAAAAGAAUUAUUAAGUAGAGAGGCAUUCGUCAUAGUACAGACACACACACACACACGCUUGAUUCUAGAUCAGAAAAUCAUGCCACAUGCCACACACAUACCACUACGCAUGCCAAAGACUGUAAAAGAAAAAUUCAACUUUUCAUUGGUUUUUUUUUUUUUUUUGUUCGCGCAGUAGAAGAUUUCCUUUAGAUUUAAAAAUUCCUAAAACGAUUCGUGCCUUUAUUCGGAAAAGUCAAAGCAAAGCAAUGCAAAAACAAAAAAUCAAAUAUUGAACGAGUAUUUUCUUUCGCCGAAGAAAAUGUAUGGACGGAUAAGUUAAGUGUAGAUUUUUCCUUAGUGAAUGUUAAAUGGGAUCAACAAUUUGUCAGGCAUUUAUCUAUGUUCCGAAAAAACCUUAACAUUAACAUUAACUUUAACUUUAACGUUAACUUUAACCUUAACUUUAAUCUUAACUUCAAUUAUUUACAUUAAGAACUUGUUCCAUUCCAAAUCAAAAACAACAACUUAUUUGCCAAAACCAACCAGAAAUGAUAUAUAUAUAUAAGAUAUAGCAACAACAAUGAAGAAUAGUUAUAGAAAGAGCACUCCAGAUCCAGCAAAAGUAGGAAUAUCCAUAACCGAAAAAGCCAACUUGACUAGACUAGACUAGACGUGACUUGACUUGACUCGAGAGUGUACUUUAUGCGUACUUUAGCCGUUUACACACAGAUUUACAUGCAGUUUAACCUAAAGAUUCAAGUAAAAUACAAUGCAAUCCAAGGCC